AAGAAGUGUGAAGAUAAGAAAGCAAAAGAUAGGAACAGACCCUUGGUGUCAUUGUAGGAACUUUGUUACGUGUGUAUGCAGCGCACUAAGGCCAACAGUACACUGUAUUCUAAAGUCGAGAACAAAGAAGAAGAACAGGACGAGCAAUUUCUACAUCAAUACCAGAUAAUGAACAACAAGGACACUGCAUUCAAAGACCAGUUGAGACUAAAAUCAGAAAAAGAAGAAUGCAUGAAGAAUGCUGCAUAUAACCUUGGUGUCGCAGAUGCUAUAAAAUCACAGAGGAAUCAGAAAUGCCACUUUUCUAAUCCAUACAUCUUUGAGAACCGACCAGAAAGUGCUGCUAUUGUCACUGAAAAGAAAAAUGAGUAUACUAAGAACCUUCUUAAACAAAUAGAUGUCAAUAGUAAACUGGCCAAGAAAAAACAAGAAAGCCAGGAAGUCUUGGAGCAGCUAGAACUGCUGCAACUCAAACAAGACAUGUGUGCUCUCCCAGAUAAGACACCACCAGGCUCCAAGGCCCGUCUCAAUCAGGAACAAAAAGCUGAACUGAAGAAACAUCAAUUUGAGCAGAGAGAAAUGUAUAAGAAAGCACUGGAAUACCAGCUGAAACACAGGCCUUCCAGACUGCCCAUCUAUGAGCCCAUGGGCACCUUCACCAACUUUGGGCAGAAUGAGAAGACCCUGGAGGCCGAGAAGCGGCAGAGAAAUAUUGAAUACAUGAAGCAGCAGGUGGAAGCCGCUGCAGGCCACAAAAGACAGCUUAUCCUCAGCCACAUAAAAAAUCUGCAGCAAGAAAAAGAAAUGCUCCAGAAAAACCAAGAACACUACAAUGUGUGCCUUCAGCUAGGUGCCCCACCAUCUGGACUCCACCUUUACCUCUUAUUCCAAAGAGUGAGAGCAAAACCAGAUUUCCCACUGAAUCCAAAGGAGAGAGGACUAGGCGGGAGAUGGUGGCAGUGGAUGGAGUCAGACUCUUGCCUUCCCUCCAGGCAUUUAGCAGAAAGAUGUGCAGAAGAGGAUCGAAGGAACACCAUCAAUCAACACCUGAGAAAAGAAUGGGAUAAAGAUGUUGUGCUGAAGCAUCAGCGAGAUGAAGAUGCCAAGGCCUUUGACAAGGCCCCAGACAAACUAUUUAUUUUGGAUCAGUGUAAUGACUACAAACACUGCAGACAGUGUCAGCGAGACCCGUCCAACAAGGGCAAGACCCACUUCUGGCCUUAUAACAAACACUUGCCAGGGUAUCGCAUGCUCCUGUGAUGCCAGAGUCCGAUCCUCGCCUCUCAGUUGUCUUGGGACUCCAGCAGGAUGCCAUCUGGGAGCUUGCGGAGGAGAUUGUGUCUGUCCUCCCACCUUUUGUGAAUCCAUGUGUGCCUGAUCACCCCCAGCCUCCCCCUAGUCCACCUGCACCCCAGAGCAUAAUGUGACAGCUGUGGGGAGGAGUUAUGUAGCCUCAACCUAGGGUGUAGUGCUGUCCU